AAAAACAUUACAAGAAAUACAGAUCGAAACAGAAUCUUUUGAUUACAUUACUAUUAUCAUUUUAUUAAAGAUUAAAGAAGCGAGUGUUGUCUCCAUUCUCUUUUCACCAUUUUCUGUUACCUACCUCUCUCUCUCUCUCUCUCUCUCUCUCAACCAGUUCAUUUUUGUGUUCAUAUAAUGGCUUCCUCUGAAUCCACUGUGAAAUUUGUUCCAGAAGAAGAUAAUUUCUUGCAGAGACAUGUCGCCUUCUUCGACAGGAACAAAGAUGGUAUCGUUUAUCCUUCAGAGACAUUUCAAGGGUUUAGAGCAAUUGGAUGUGGAUAUCUCUUGUCGGCAUUCGCUUCUUUGUUCAUCAACAUGGGUCUUAGCAGCAAAACUCGUCCGGGAAAAGGUUUCUCGCUCUCUUUUCCGAUAGAGAUUAAGAAUAUCCACCUUGGCAAACAUGGUAGCGAUUCAGGCGUUUACGACAAGGAUGGGAGGUUUGUGGAAUCGAAGUUCGAGGAGAUAUUUGCGAAGCAUUCACAUACACAUCCCGAUGCUUUGACGGGCAAAGAACUCCAAGAACUCCUCGACUCAAACAAAGAAGCUAAUGAUCGUAAAGGAGCGAUUGCUGCCUAUACGGAGUGGAAAAUCUUGCAAUAUUUAUGCAAAGACAAGAACGGUUUGUUGCACAAAGAAACAGUGAGAGCUGUCUACGAUGGUUCUCUUUUUGAGAAACUCGAGAAACAAACAGCCUCUAAGAAACAUCCAUGAAACACACCAUUUUAAAACAAACUUGCACGCCUGUGAAUCUGUUUAUUUAUAAAACUUUGUACAAGUGAAUUAUGCUGUGAAGAUUGCAAUGUGUUUGAUUCUUUAAAAAAUUAUAGUUUUCUGUGUGUA